AUGGCGCAGAAAGCAGCCAAGUCCCUUGCGUCAAAAAACGCUGCCACGCUCAAUAGGACGCAUCAGAUCACCGUCCUUCUGCACUCGCUGUUCUGGGUCCUGCAUUUCGUCUUCAAUCGCCCCAGUGCUCUCCUGCGAUACAUCCUGCUCACGUUGCCCGCCCUCGGUAUUGAAUUCUACCUGGAACGCCUGGGCCGACCCCGCUAUAGUCCCCAAGAUGGAUCGCUGAAACAGUCCGGUGAAGACAUGAGUGCUAAGGGCUUGACGGAGUACAUGUGGGAUGUCACGUAUUGGACAUGGGGCUGUUUGGUCGCCGCCUGCGUCUUCGGUGAUCGUGCUUGGUGGCUGUAUUUGGCCGUUCCCUUCUGGUCUGUGUACUUGUUGUGGACCACAUUCGCCGGGAUGAAGAAAGGGCUUGCCGGUAUGGGAGGUUCAGGCGAAGCAUCCGGAGAGACCACAAGCAAACGGCAGCAGAAGUUGGAGAAACGGGGAGGCCAGCGUGUACAGCACCGCUAG